UGCUGGAGUUCCUGUUAACGCCCGCAGGUGUGACGGGGCGGCUGCCCAUACCGCACAAAGUGGUCUCGAUAGGACGCUCGGCAGGCAAAUGGCGGCUGUGGUGUUCUCGUCUGCCGUUAUCGCGGUCCGCUUCUCCUCUCGCAGCCUCCGCCCCCUUGCCGCCCCCUUCUCCGCCAGCGGGGGCGGGGAACAGCGGCGGCUCGUGCUUUAUACGAAGCCUGGGUGUUGCCUCUGCGACGGCCUCAAAGAGAAGCUCCACGCCGCCCUCUCUCUCGACGGCCCCUCCUCCAUUCACCUCCAGGUGAGGGACAUUACAGUGAAUCCCGAGUGGGAGAGGCUCUACCAGUACGAAAUUCCCGUCCUUGCCAAAAUUCACCUAGAUGGAACCGAGGAAACACUUCCAAGGUUAUCUCCUCGUCUUGGGGUGGAGCUCAUCCAGAAGAAAAUUGCUGCUGCAUUUGAGCAAUAAAUGAAAUUUUGUUCUCUUUUUCAUCUCUUAUUCAAAUAAAUCAGUAAAGCAUCAUGUGAAAAUGGGUGAACGAUGUGUUUACCAUGUUCUACAUAUUUAUAAUUCACGAACCAUCUAAUAUUGCGACAAUAAUGCUAAUUGAUGUAUUCUCUUCCCUUUUUCUCCA